GUUUUAUAUAUUCACUGUCUUAAAUUAUUAUACAUUUGUGGUGGGUCCAACCUUGGUUAGGUUUACUGUGAUAAUGCUCUAUAUGGUAAAACUGAUAUCUUAUAACCAAGGCUUUGAUACAUUUUCCACAAUACCAAUUUUGUACUUCUGGUACCUACUUGAUAUAUAUUUAAUGAUGUUGCGUUAGGUCAGUAAAUAUUCUAAACUACGACACUAAAUUCUUUCUAAUUAAUUUUUAGGACUAUGAGUUCAUUAAAUGUAUUACGAAUACCAGUGGUAUACUUGUCAACAAAACAAUGCCCGAAAUAUAAAUCUACCAAUUCAAAGAAAGAGGAUUUAAAGAAUAUAAAAAUAAAAAUGAAGACUCCAAUUGGUAAUGUAAAAUAAUCUGACUAAGUUGUACAUGUAAUAACUAGGGCAGAUAUUUAUAUGCUGUUGCAUAUUUUUAUUGGUUAGUUAUAAGAAAAGUGUCUAGUUAUACUAGGAUUGCUAUUUAUCCCGUUUUGACUUGUAUAGUCCCAGCUUUAAGGGAAUGUCCCGAUAUCCCUGCCAGUCAGUAGAGACCAUGAGUAAAUUUAUGAAUAACACUUUGUUGGAUUAAAAGGAUGCAUGAAAAUACAGUAUAAGACCUGAUAAUCUGUUGAAUGAACAUUCAAUAUCAUGUUCCUAUUUGAGGAUUUCAAAAUCUGGCAACCCUAAGUUAUACCAAAACGUGUUUCAUGUCUGAAUCGAUUUUAUAUCCAAAAUUGUAUUUUACAUCUAUGUUUUUAUGGCAUAUUUUAAGCCUUUGUGUAUAUUUACAGCAUCUUAUGGAUUUUUGUACCUUUUAAAUACACGAAUCAAUGCGUCACAUGGAGUAUUAUAAUAAGUGUAUUAUAUGACCGGUUUCAAAUUAAAAAUUCAUAAUCAGGUAUAUCAGUCAAAAUGUAAAACGUGACUGAAUAUAAAAAAUUAAAUGAAGGAAUACAUAGAAAAAAAAAUUUGUCACUUUACAUAGAAUAUAGAAAUUAAAUUUCUUAAAUCUUACAGUUUUCAUAAUAAACAAUAAAUUUAAUUUUAGUAUCUACAAGAAACCCACAUAAAUUGACACUAUAAACCACAAGAUUUUAAUCACACUUAUUCUCAAAAACUAUUUUUUAAUUCAAUAUUAUAUAGGCUUGAAUGUAUUUCAUUAAAUAAACAUAAUUAUCAACACUAGUUCAAUAUUAUCUAUAAUAUUGCCCAUAGAAAUAAUUUCAAUUUAAAUACUAUUGAAAAAAUUCAUAAACGUAUUAAAGAAAAAAUAAUAUACAACUCACCAAAUAAUGUUAUUAACUUUUGUAGUAUGAAAUAUCAAGAUAAUAUGUCUAACAAAUUCACAUAAAUUCUGAACAAUAAUACAAAUAAUGUAAAAAUUACUUUUAAGACUAAUAAUAAUUUAAUCAAACAUAAAAACCAUUGAACUAAAUAUGACUAAUAAAACCCCGUUUUUUGAAAAUACUGGUAUAUAUAAACUUAAAUGUAACUGUCAUGAAUUUUAUAUAGGUAAGACAAAUAAAAAUUUUAAAAUAAAAUAUAAAGAACACAUUUUUGAAAUAAAAUUAAAAAAGACUGCCGCUAAUUCAAAUUUCACUAAACAUAUUUUAGAAAAUAAUCAUAAUAUAAGUUUUAAUAUUAAUAUAGACUUAGAAAUAUUAAAUACCCAACAAAACAUUUACAUUAGGACUUGCAAAUCCAAUUUUUGACUCAAACAUUGAGGUUCUCUCACUCCUCAUUCGCUACUUGGUACAGACAUAUUUCUCCAACCAUCCCGACAUUAUCCUGGUUCUAAAACCUCAAUCUUUCCAGGAAAUGCAUAAUUUUACUCUCCCGUCUCUGGUUUGGUCAUGCAUGUCUUUCUUCUCAUUCCUUUAAAUUGUCAUUGAACAACACCCCUCUCUGCACACUCCACGAUGAUCCAAUGGUCUGUGAUAUUAACCAAUUACACUUUAUUUGCCCUAGUCUAUCAACACAUUGUGACCACCUAUUGUCUCUUCUGAACACCACCAAUAUCCCUUUCGAUACAAAUAAAUAUUUUCUUAUUUUAUAAUAAAUCUUAUACCAUAUAUUAUCUUUCUUUAUUCAUACAGGCUUUGUAAUUUAAUUUGUAAAUUGUUAUUAUUCUUUUUCUUUCUUUUUGUAAACUUCCUCUACAUUAAUUUUAAUUAAUUGUACCGGCAAAGUUUUAAUAAAAAAAAAUUUACAUUAAUUCAGUUUUAGAAGAAUUUAUAAAUAAUUUUAAUAAUAUUUUAAAUAUUCAAACCGAUUUUAAAAAUAAUAUCUUUUAUAAAUACAUUUUAGAUAAUAAAUAAUUAAAUAAUUAAUAUUUAUUAACAUAUUUAUGUCUAAUAAUAACUAAUUUUAAAAAAUCUCUCCUGUUAAAAUAAAUUAUUUCUAAUUAUAUGUAAAACGACUAAUUUGAAUAAUUUUUUUUUUUCUAUGUAUUUCUUCGUUUAAUUUUUAUAUUCAGUCACGUUUUACAUUUUGACUGUGAUAUACCUGAUAAUGGAUUUUUAAUUCAAAACCGGUUAUAUAAUACACAUAAAAUUCCAGGUGACACAUUGAUUCAUUUAUUUAUUAUUUUAAUAACUUUGUUUUUACUUUAUUAUUUUAUUUUAUUACUUUCAACAUGUUUUUUUUAGUAUAUAUUUGUAUUUAGAACAUAUUUUAAGGGCAUUUUUGUUAUUUUUAGUACAUAUUUGCAUAUGUAUUUUAAGGUUUUUAGAAGAGCAAAUAAAUAUCUGCCAUAGUAAUAACCAUUACAUCUUACUAAAGGGAAAUUGGAUGAACUGGAAGCUGGCAAGCAUCCUUUUCAAGAAAAAGAACCACUUAAAGAAUGGCCUGAAGGCCGCAAUCCAACAACAGGUGAACUUAAUGGCCCAAAAGGACCCGAACCAACCAGAUAUGGAGAUUGGGAGCGAAAAGGAAGAGUUAGUGAUUUUUAAAUCAAAAACACAAUGUAUAAAUAAUUUGUUUAUAAUUAAAUUUCUUUAAUAGUUAUUUUUUUAAAAGAUAUUUAGAUAAUAGUAAAAAAAAAAAAAAAAAAAUGGAUGUAUUUGGAUUUUUGAAUAAAAAUUAAAUUAAUAUUAAAGAAAAUAUAUCCAUCUAAAACUAAGCGAAUUCUCAUAAUUAUACCAAGGUCAAUAACUUAUUCAUCUGUUUUUGAUAGACCCAUGGCAUCUUUCAUCAUAAAAUUUCUUAGUGCCCAUAAUGCGUUUAAAACAUUUCCAUGAUUACCAAUUCCUUUCCCCAACCAUUGAACAGCUGGGAGCGAAUUUGGAUCAUCUGGACCCUUAGUGUUUUCUUGGGUAGCCAUUAAUUGACGUUCCCAACUAGGUUUGCUCUCCAGAUUCAAACUUUCAAUGUAUCUAUACAAAUUUAAAAGUAGUAAGAAAAAAUGUUUGACAAUUUAAAUUUUUUAUAUUUUACUUGAUGUAAGCUUCAGAAUGAAAUACCCUCGUAGGCUUUGGUGGAACUGUUACAAAUAAUGGCUCAGGAUGUUUAUUAAUAAUUAUGCUAUUAUUACUUGCUGAUCCUAAAAUCGAGUGUGACAUUAAUCAAUGUUUCAUAUGUUUAACAAAAGGAAAUAAUAUAUGCUAUUCACAAAUAUAAUUACCAUUUUGAGACAUGGGUGAUGGUGUAUUCCUAUUUAUCUGAUUUAAAACAUUGACAGCUCCUCCAACUACAUAUUUAGAAAAAAAUUAAUAUGCAUAUUUUAUAAUUUAAAAAUAAUAAAGUAGGAUAAUAACAGAUUUUUUUUGGAUUAUCCACCCUUAAUCUUUAAAAGAAUCAAAUAAUAUAAGAUAUCUACAAAAGCCAAAACACCUAAAACUUUACCUGAUUGAUUUGUAUACUGUUGUUGUGGUACUUGUUGUGGGGUAAUUUGUUCUUUUUUCAAGCGUGUCGAAUGUACUACUUGUCUAAAAAGCAUUUCAAAAUUCAAUAUAAAAAGCAACACACAACAUGCACAUCUAUAUAUAUAUAUAUAUAUAUACAAUACUGAACUUUACAAAGUAUAUUAAAAACAAAAAAAAACUAUAAUAUAUUAACGCAAACUACUGGAAUCAAACUAAAAAUAAUAUCUACAUUUUUAAUAAAUUAUGUUUAAAAUAAUAAAAUCACUUUUUAGCAAGUAGCUGUAAGAAAAUAAAAAUGAUUGUAACUUUGAGCAACUAGAUUAAAAUGAACUAAAAUUAUUAAACAAUGAUACUUAAAAUAACUGCUAAAACCAAUCCUAAAAAAACUAAUUAUAGAAAUAUUACAAAACCAAGAAGUCAUUCAACAUUUUUAGAAAUUAGAAAAUUACUAAAAUAAUUUGGAAAACAAAUUAAAACAAUCAUGCUAAAGUAAUUCCACCAGAAUUUAUUGCAAACUAAAACAGACCAUUCGAAUUUUCAAUUGGCGGUGGAGACACUGGUGUCACUGAUAAAACAGAAGUAGUUGCAACGACUGAGCGAGUGCUCGACAUGAAAUUUCUGAAAUUAAGUUUGUUGAAUAUAAUUUAUAAUUCUUAUAAUAAAAUGUAUAAACUAUUAAACUUAUUAUUAUAUUGUAUUAAAAUUAUUAAACUAAAUGUUUUAAAGUAGAAUUCAAAUAAAUUUUUUGAAUCAUCUAUUUAUCAUAAAAUAAGCAAUUGUUAUUUUAUAAACAUUAUAAUUAAGCUUUAUUUUAACAAUAUUUUCAAUUUUUAUCUCAUCUCUUUAAAACUUAAACGAGUAACACUUUUGGUUUUCAAAUAUUUCUACUCUCUUUUUUAAAUGUAUGUUUGAAAAGAGAAUAUUUUUCUAAAAAUGUUUAUAUGUAUGACACUUAAUCAUAUACUCCAUUUAUGGGUUAUAACAGUUUAAAAUUUAUUCCAGAGUAGUAGGAGAGGGCAACAAACUUUAUAUCCAUUUUUAAUAAUCUAAUAUUGGAAAUAUACAAAUUAUUAUAUUUGAUAAAUUUGAAUAAUUGGUAGCAUUGGAACCAUGUGUACAGUUCACUAAAAUAUGUUGUCUUCAAAUAAUUUGACAAUAGUUCUAUCUAUAGUAUAUUAUCUAAGGUUAGAACAUGAAAUACAAUAGCAAAGAAAACAUGUAUUAUACAAAUAUAUAGUAUAAAAUGAAGUCACUGUUUUUUUUUUUUUUUUUGGGAUAAACUCCGAAACAGCUAAAUGGAUUUUGAUGGGGGUUACACUGUUGGAUAGACAAUUAACCAAAGAAAGUUUAUAACUUUCAAAAACCAUCCCCCAAAAUUUGGUUUUAGGUGUUAUUGUUAAUUAUUCAUUACUAUUAUUUAUUUAUUUAUUUGGAUUACUUUAAUAACAAUGAAAAAAAAUUGGUUAAAACAUAUGUAUGGUAAUAAUAUUAAUAAAAAUAAUUAUAAAGAUUUAUGUGCCGUAUUAUGCAAUAAAACUGUAAACUGUCUAUAAAAAUUGUUUGCAUUUUAGUCAUGCCUAAACAAAGAUCUAAUAUAGGAUGCAACACUGCAAAUGCUAAAAAAGUAUAUUUAGUUCAUAGUAAUGAAACUUCUGCUGAUUUAAAUUAUAGAUUUUAUGUUUACCCAGAAAUAUCGACCAUUUCUACUAUGACUUUGAGUUGGUUUCAGGAAUGAGCAAUAUUGUCAUCAACUAAUGAGCAAGUUAAUAAAAUAAAUGGCAUGGUACUGUUACAUUCAAUGUACCAACAAAAAUUGAAUUAAAACAAUUUUGAAUUUUUCUUUAUAGAUUUUGUACUUUCUUACAUUAUUCUCACAUCUAAGUUGUUUGCAACUGUCAGUACAAUAGUAAAACAAAUAACUUGUCUAAAAUACCUUUUGUGUCCAAUUGCCUGAAUUGUAAAAUUAAUUAAAUUUUUAAGUAUGUAGUAAGUAAAUUCUACUAUUAUAAAAUAUCUGUUUAAAUAAAAAUUAUUUUUAUUAAAUAUAGUUAUUUUUAUUUACAAAAUCUUAAAUGGCACUAUUGAGGACAGUUUUCCUCUUAGUCAAAUUAAUUUAUCUGUUCCCACUUUUAACUCUAGAAACCGGCUAUCUUUUCACAUUACUAGGCACUAAACACUUAAUGGUUAUUUUUUCCCUAUCAAUAGAGCACUAGUAUCUUGUAAUAACUUUCAAAAUUAUUUUGAUAUUUUUCAAUCCUUUUAAAGUAUGCUACAAAUCAAUAUAUUCUCUUUUUAACUUUUUUUUUCAACUUUUAUACUGUACUCUAGUUAUAUACCUAGAACACUUAUAGAUUUACUGAACAUUAUUUUUUUUUUAUUUUUUUCACUAUUUAUGUACAUUUUCAUAUUUGUAUUGUUAUACAUUUUCUGUACUGAAUGCUUUUCAUUCAACUGAGUGUAUUUCAAAAUAAAUAAAUAAAAUUGUCAUUAUAAAAGAAGUGUGAUGUCUUUAGCUUUUAAUUAGUCUUUUUACCAAUAAAAGUCUUUAUUUUACAAUAGGUGCAUUUUUUACUAAUUAAAAAUGCAGGGUUCAAUUUAAACAAUAAAUAGAAAAAAAUUAAUUGUUAUCCAAAUAUUAUCUACUAAUUAUGCAAAAUAAUUUACCCUCUACAAAUAUAAAUAUUAUUUUUUAUAAACUCGGAACUAAGUGGUAGUAAUAUUUUUGAUAUAACUGGGGAUUUAGUUAAGUCUCUAGUCUUUAAAACUUUAGAAUUAUUAAUUGUAUUAUUUUAUUUAUAUUGAUUUCAAAUUGUAUCUAAUCUCUAGAUUAAUUAUUUUUUUUUCAUAAAUAAUAAUUUUUAGAAAAUGAUUGAAUAUUUUUUAAUUAAAUACAAAAACCCCCAUAGUUACCAUAACAAAAUUAUAAAUUAAUACUAGUACUAAUACUUCUCAAUAAAUAUAUUUACUUGUUUCGCUCUGAUAAUGGUACAUGUUUUCCAGGAUUUUUAAGUAUAUGUACUUCUUUAACAUGUCUGACUAAACGGUGCAAACUUGGAAAUGGAGCAAUACCUGUCUUCUUAACUCUAAGACAUCCUCUCCAUUGACAUUGGAACUCUACAUCUAUACAGUAUAGGUGAUGUUAAAUCACAAAUUGAUAAACAAAUUAAAUUUUUAUUGUAUAAAAUAUACCAUUAGGGGGAAUUGCUGAAAAGAAUGUUUGUACAUGACCGUAUUGAUCAGCCACAGCAUGAUCUAAACAAUCCGAUUGAUCUUCAAAUUGCCAUUCACAAUUAUCCCAACCACACUCCCAUAUCAGAUCAGAACCUUCUGGCGGAGGUGGUGCUUGUAUAGGUUGUUGGCGCCAUUGUGGAUAAUUCUCUUCAUUUAAUCUAUUUGCACGUUCCUCAUAUGCUAAUUUUUCUGUUGGUGAUAAAUUACGCCACUGCAAUUUUAUUAAAUUAAAAUACAAAAUUGUUUUCUCAAACAUAAAAGUAUAAUAUAUCACAAUAGUAUUUUAAUAUAAUACUUAUUACAAAAAAUAAUAUAACUUACUUCAUUGCCAACUAUUCGACUAACUUCACCAAAACUACGAUCCGGAUUAUUUUGCACCACGGCUUUUCGAACAUCACCUGUAUACAAUAUAUAACCAGUGACUAGUUUCUUAUGAUUAGGAUUUUUUUUUCUUGAUGAUGAUGGUGUAGACAUAACUGUUGAAGUAUUCAGAGUCCGUUCUCCUAGAUCAGAAGAGCUAACAGAUGGCGGACCUCCGUCCAUUGAAUCUUCUGUCAUUGUAUCAGCUGGCUCUAAUUUUGGCAUUACUGGAGAACUAACAUUCUGUAAUUAUAAUAAUAAAUUUAAAAAUUAAAUACAAACAACUUUACUUCAAACUUUAUGAUGGAGCUUACUGAGACAGAAUCAUAAUUUUGGUUAUACACAGUUUUAAUAUCACUUGAUUGAGUAUUAACUUCAGUUGCACCAUCCUAGAAUUAAAUUAAAUUAUAUAUCUCAUUUUAUAAUAACAGUAAAACAGUAAUUACCUUAACUGGAUGAAUAAGUCUCCUAAAGAAAUAAUACUCAUCUUGAUUUACAGUUGAAGAAUGAGUAUAUUUUUUUAAACCAUCUUUUGGUAAUUCUCUGAUUUGCUUAGUAGAUUCGUCAUAAAUUGACUCACAGAGAUAAACAUCAUCUUCAGCUAUUUCAGCUGGACGACCUAAAAAAAUUAACAAAAUUAAUGAUGAACAUAAUUUAAUUUGUGCUAUAAUAAUUUACAUGAUAUAUAAUCUGCAUGUUCUAACACUGAACAUUUUCCUGUGAUUUUUGAUACUAAUACUGUUUCUUCAUUAUUAGUCAACAAAACUUCUUGUUUAAAAAAUUGUCUACCAGAAAAAUUUGAAAGAUCUGUAGGAUAUAAAAUUAUAGGACCAUAAAUGUAAGCAGUUCCUCUGAAAUAUUAAAAAUAUGUCAAUAAUUAAAAAUUAUGAUACUGGGAUAAAGCAAAAAUUAAAUAAAUAAAAUUUGAACAAUCAAUAUUAUCAUAUAAAUAGUUAAUAUAUUUAACAUAGAUUAUCAUGUUAAGUUAAUUACCUAUUUAUUUUAUUUGAUAUAAUCAAGACCUGAUUUAGUAAUGAUUAGUAUAAAGUUAUACAUACUAUAUUGCUUGCUAUAUGUGGUAUUUCACAAAGUGAAAAAAAGCAUCAGCUGGUUUAUGUAACAAGAUAAUUCCAAUAAGAUUUGAAGGGUAAGUUCUACUAGAUUGUAAUGAGAUCAGCUAUAUUGUAUGGUUCAUUAUGUUGGGAGGUAGACAGAAAAAUAGAACAGAUAACAAAUGUAACAGAUAUGAAAAUGCUUAGGUGGAUGAAAGAAGUGAUGAGAGAAGAUAGGAUAAGGAAUAAAUCUGGAUUAGAUGUCGCUUCAAUUGUAAACAGAAUGAGAGAAAAUGAACUGAAAUGAUUUAGGCAUGUCAUGCAAGAGAGACAAAUCAGAAGCAAUAAGAAUUGCAAUGAAAAUAGAUGUAGGUUGUAAUAGGAAAGAAUGGAAGAGGAAGACAGAAAAAAAGGUGGUUAAAUGCGAUUGAGAAUCAUAUGAAGAUAGCAAGUAUAUGCAAUGACAAUGUUAAAGAUCAGGUCAAAUAGAAUUUUAGGAUGAGGAUGGCCAACCCAAGAAGUUGAGAAGAAGACUAAGGAGAAAAAGAAAAAGAAUGCUAUUUCAAAAAUAUCACCUUAACUUCAAAUUAUAAAAAAACAUAAAUAUUACAAAAUAUUAGCAUGUUCUAUAUAUUUACAUGAACAUUUUUUUUAUCGAUAGAGGUAUUUUUUUUUUUAAAAACUAGUUGAUCUUAUAAUAUUAUUUAUUUAUUAUUAAAAUUUCAACACCUGACAGUAAUUUUACAAAGAUAAAAAACAUUUCAGGUACAAUAAUAAUAUAAUAUGAAUAGUAUAAUAGUAUAUAUGUUACCGGGAAUAAUAUAUUGAUAAUUCAGUAUUAUUCAUAAUGCCAAAAAAACACCAGGAAUUAUGUACAAUUAUUAUAAUCACUAGGUAUUAUGUAUAAUGUCCAAAGAAAAUUAGGUAAUAUAAUAGAUAUUGAGGUACCUAUAUAUUAUUAAUAAAAAAACAAACAUGAAAUAAUACACAAAAUGGUAAUUCUUGAUUAUUGGUUAAUGGGCAAAGAUUUUAAAUUUUGUUCAAUGUCAUAUGAAAUUUUUUUUUUUAUCAGCAUUGAACAUCUUACAUAGAAUGUUUUUUGUAGUCUAUCUUUUGGAGCAAUAUUUAUGAUAGAAAAACAUUAGCCAUAAAAAUGUAAAAUAAUGAAAUUGUUACGCCAUAAUUUAAAUUAUAAUUAAAAAUAAUAAAUAAGAAAUAUUAAGUACCUAGCAUUUGCUAAAUUGAUUUUUUUUAAUUUGCCUAAGACAAAUUUGGUAUUUUAUAAAAUACCUAGGCAAUAUUUGAAAUAAUAUUGCUUAUUAUAAAUUUUUUUCAUAUUGCCUAAAACCAGGAAUAUAUAUUAUGCAAAAUACCUAAAUUAUCAAUAUUGCUGGUAAAAUAUAUAUAUAAUUUAUGUAUAGUAUAUAUAGUAAUAAAAGGUAUAACAAUACACAAAUAGAGCAAAUAUACAUCAAAUUAACAUAGAAACUAAUUACAUGAUUUGAUCCUAAAAUUUACCCUUAUACAACAAUUAUAAAGACUACCAGUCUAGAACAGUGUUUCUAAACCUUUAAUCAUGUAUCCCUUGACUUCUUACUACUGCUUUAUGGACCCCCAAUGUCAACUCGUCAAAUAUUUUCACUUAAGAUAGACAAGAAUUUAUGAAAUAAAUAAAAAAAAAAAUUUGGAAAUAUUGUAAUAUUUGAAAUAUUUGUUAUAGGCACAUCAAAUUAGAUAAAAUCCAGCGUACACAUGCCACAACUUAAUGACAUAUCCAUAUUAUAUUCAUAUUAUACCUAUGUAUAAUGAAGAACCAAUUUUCAAUUACAAUGACGCAAAUAUCAAAUACAACAAUUUUUCAAUGGACCCCAGGUUGAAAAAGACUGGUCUAGUAGACUGAUGUUUAAAUUAAUUGGACGCAUUUUUCUUUGAAUUACAUCAUUACAUAAAUAAUUGCUUUUACUGAUGUUGAUUUUGAAAAUUUUUUAAAAUUGAAUAACUAAAUUUAUUAUAAAAUGUGUAUCUAGCAUUUUCCCUUUAAUAUCAAGGUAAGAAAAGUUUAAAAAUUGUCGUGGUACGGUGAGUAAUUUU